CCGUAUGUAAAAAACCCCCCACCCUAACUAAUACCGGGACCCCGUGUUAGCCAGAUAAGGAACGCUCUGGAGUGCGUGAGCCUUCUGAUUAGACACACGGCAAGGAAAAAAAAGAGGGGGCAAAAGAAAGAUAAUCUCAUAAGACAAGCUUCCUUUUCCCAACCCAGGGUCUGAGCACAGAGCACCAGAAGCUGUCAUUAACCCACCCGGGGUACAGACUUACAUGCCUCAGCCAAGCUGCAACAGUAUGUUGGGACCAGGUUACACCUUCAGAGAGCUUGACACCCAGGAACUUGAAUAAAAUACAGCAGCUGCAGUAAAUCUGAAAUAGAAACAGGACAUGCUACAAAUACUCGGCUGGGCGAGCAGAGUUGGAGAGUUGGACUUCUGUGGGACCCAAGUCUGGGCUGGAUGGAUGGGAAUGGGGAGAAGGGGCGACCCAUUCGGCCACGGAAUCCUUCAAAUCCUGACUAUCGUCCUGUGCCUCCCAGCAGUUAGCUGCCAGUGCAAGAUCCUGAAGUGUAAUUCUGAGUACCUGUCGGCCACGUCCGGACUACACCUGGGUGGGGAAGAGUCGGUAGAGUUCUGUGUCGCGCUGCGGGCCUACUCUCAGUGCACCCGGAAGACGGCUCGCGCCUGCCGCGGGGACCUGGCAUAUCACUCCGCCGUCCACGGCAUUGAGGACCUCAUGAGCCAGCACAACUGCUCCCGGGCGGGGCCAACCCGGGCGCCCGGCCGCGCCCAGCCCACCGCGCAGGACUUCAUGGUGCACUCGGACGCCCCCGAGACCUGCAGCUACGAGAAGAGCCUGUCUCAGCAUGGGAGGAAGGCCAACUACACGCACUGCGGCCUCUUUGGCGACCCGCACCUCCGCACCUUCUCUGACGACUUCCAGACCUGCAAGGUGCGGGGGGCCUGGCCCCUCAUCGACAACAGCUACCUGUUCGUUCAGGUCACCAACGUGGCGGUCGUCCGGACCUCCAGCGCCACGGCAACCAGCAAGCUUACGAUCAUCUUCAAGAACUUCCAGGAAUGCGUUGACCAGAAGGUGUACCAGGCGGAGACCGAUGACCUUCCUGCAGCCUUCGUUGACGGCUCGAGGAACGGUGGUGACAAGCACGGGGCGAACAGCCUCAGGGUGACGGAGAAGGUGCCGGGGCAGCACAUCGAGAUCCAAGCCAAGUACAUCGGGACCACCAUCGUGGUGCGGCAGGUGGGCCGCUACCUCACCUUCGCCAUCCGCAUUCCGGAGGAGGUGAUGAGCUCGUUCGAGGACAACCAAGGCCUCCAGCUGUGCCUGCGGGGCUGCCCCACCAACGAGCGGAUGGACUGGCGUCUGCCGCAGUCGAAAGGCAGCCGCACCUCGUCCCGGGGCAGGGGGCCGCAGGAGGUCUCUGCCCGCGAGACCGCAGCCACCAAGUGCAAAGAGAAACUGCCCGUGGAGGACCUGUACUUCUGGUCCUGUGUUUUUGACCUGUUGACCACGGGAGACAUGAACUUCACGCUGGCGGCCUACUACGCGCUGGAGGACAUCAAGAACUUGCACUCGAACAGAGACAAGUAUCACAUUUACCAAAGGACAGCUGAGCUCCCAGCAGGAAACGGUGCUGCUGUCCUCCCCAGCGUCUGCUGCUCUGUGCUUGGACACUUGCUGCUGCUGUUCUGGUUGUGCUCCUUCGUGCCACAUCUAUAGCUGCUCCAGUGUGACCUCCCAGAAGCAGUCCUGUUGUUCCCCUGUCGUCCUUUUCCUCUCUCCCGUUUUCCCGUCGGCACCAUGGAUGCCUUCCCUGUCCCUUUCCUGCUGGCUCCUAAGUUAUUUUGGGACUGAGAAAGGCACGCACGCACACUCGCGCGUCUCUGCGUUCACGCUGUGCAGAGUCACCGGCCUCGCCCGUGGUACCUAGCUGUUGUCUUGUGGUUGCGUGUUUGUGGUGAUCUGUAGGGGUGUUCGGCCACAGCGCACAGAGGGUGCACCGGGAUGCGGUGGUGCGGUAAACCAGGGCCACGUGCUGAGGCUCGCUCAUCCCCUUACCCCGUCCAUUUAAAUCUCCGCUCCUAAGUUCCUGUCAGGAUUCCAAGCAAUCUCAAUCUCUCUUUUUCUUUCUCUCUCUCUCUCUCUGUCUCCCUGUCUCUAUCCAGUAGAACAGUGGAGGAAGCCAGUGUGAUUUUGCACUUUACUGUGUUCCUGGCACUGGGAAGACAGUGAUAGAACACUGGAUCCCACCCCUCACCGGACUGUCGCCGGCUCAUUUCCCUCACUGGCAGCCUGUUCCCCCCCCCCCCCCCCCGGAGAGGGAAGUGGGCCAACCACAGAGCCUUCGGUUGUCAGCAGUCGCAGUUGUAGCUUCGUUCGGACUGGCUGCACCAAACCCAUCACCACACGUGUUUAUUGUCGCAGGCACGGGGCGGGGGGAGGGCAGGGGAGUGAAAAAUAUUAACGUGCUGUUCAUACAGACCCCAUCCAUGCAUUGAGACAGUACCAGAUAAAAGAGUGUGCAAUGCAGCCAGACAAUAAGGUGCAUCAAGGCCUUAAUGAGGUAGUUGUGAGGCCAGAAGUCCAUUUUGCCCUUCAACAGCUGUAUAACAGCAGGAUAGAAACUCUCCCUUCAACCUGUUGGUAUGUGCUUUCAGGCUUUUUUUGAUCUUCUGCCCAGUGGGAGGAAGGAGGGGAGAGGAUGUCUGAGUAAGUCUUUGCUUACCUUGUCUGCUUUACUGAGGCAGCGAGAGGUGUAGCCAGAGCCCAUGGAGGACAGCCUGGCUCCUGUGAUGUACUCAACUGUGCCCACAACUCUCUGCAGUUCCUUGCAGUCACGUGCGGAGCAGUUGCUGCACCAAACCGUGGUACGUCCAGGUAGGAUGGUGCCUCUAUGAAAGUUGAAGAGGUUCAAAGGGGUCAUGACAGAUUUGUUUUGCUUCUUUCAGGAUUUUGAUAGCAGUCCACCUAACCUUUUGGCCUUUUCCCUCUGCUUACCAAGCAAAGGGCCGUUCCUCACUUGAACAUCUGGAGAGUGGAUGCUCGCUGACCACUUGCACAACUGGGGGCUUCACAGUACCCUUCUUUCACACUCUCGGCCCACUUCCUAACCAGGCACGACUUGUCCAGUGGAAGCCAACCGCUGCUCCAGUUAUAUCUCUCUCUCCUCCUCCCCAGUCCGGGGGUGGUGAGGUCAACUGCAGAUGACUCGGGAUGGAGCCUGGCACAUCUGUUUGGCUCAGGACUGCAAGGUGCCAAAUGGGGUUGGGAAAUGACCGGAUUCUACUUGAAUACAGAGUCUGGCACAAAGAUUACAUCAUAGUCACCCAGCCCCAAUGGCUGCAGUCUUCCAUAGCUUGAAUCCACCUCUAGGGUCUGAUCUUCAACACAGUUUCAUAGCCUCUUGGUCUUAACAGCUUGGUUCCCGUGUUGCCCACAUACUGCAUGAUUGUCCAGGUUGACUAUUCCCUGUAUCUCCACCAAGCACAUUUGGUGUGUUGGCUUGGAUGCCAAGACUGUGGAGGAAAGAUAUUGGUGCCUGAGUUGACUAUCCUUUCCCGUUGGAUAGUUUUCUGAUCUACGGCAUGGCCCGUCACAACUGGCUGCCUCUCAGCCUGGAUUCAUUGCUCAGAAGCUGUCUCCAUGGUUUUGCCCUCCGGUCCUGGUUUGUCAGGUCAGAAUCAGUCGGGCUUAAUAUUACUGAGUUAUAGGUUGUGAAAUUUGUUGUGCGCAGCAGUACAGUGCAAUAUAUCAAUACAUUUUUUAAAAAACUAUAAAUUACAGGUAGAUAUGUAUAAAAUUAAAUAAGUAGUGUAACAAGACAGCAAAAAUAGUGAGGUUGUGUACCUGUAUUCAUUGUCCAUUCAGAAAGUGUUCCUGAAACAUUGAGUGUGUGUCUUCAGGCUCCUGUCCCUCCGCACUGAUGGCAGUAAUGAGAAGAGGGUAUGUCCCUGGGUGAUGGGGGGGUCCUUAAUCUGGAUGCCCCCUUUCUGAGGCAUUGCCUUUUGGAGAUGGAGCCCCUGUUGAGUUCAAGCUUAAUUAUUCAACCAUUCAUGAAAAUAAUUAAAACGAAGCAGUGUUCCUCCAGGGCCAAGGCGCAAAACACAUUACCAACAGCGCACUGCAUGUAGCAGAUAUGGUUAGAAAAGCAAAGAGAAAAAAAAAUAUAUAGCCCACAUCCCCUCAGUUGUCCUGCUUGAUUCCUCCACACCUGGGACUCUGGAAUUAUGUGAGAGCCCAGGCAGAGAAGAACGGGAAAAGUCCUCCUGUGUACAGGGGAACAAUAAGGGACUAUUUACUAAAGAGUAUUAAAGGGUGAACAUCACAUAAAGCAGGCUGAGAGAGGAAGGGGGAAUGUGCACACUCCAAGUUGUACUGUAUGUUCCAUUCCCACCACCUCGUGAAGGUUCGGCUGUCGUUUAUACUGCCCAGUGUCGUGGUGGGGCAGGGAACCUGCUCUCUCCUUAGCAGGGUUGGCCCCUACCUGAGGAGGAAUAGAAUUGAGGGGAAACCAGCCAAGAUAUCUGCUGCUUGUCCGUUGUUGUCUGAUCACUGCUGGGAGGCCGCGAGGAUUGUCCCAUAUUGCUCCUCGGGUAACAAAACUACACCCUCUUCCAAUACUGCCCACCCAAACUGGGACAGUAACCUCUGCAAGCAAUUUAUUCAGGCUAUCAUAAACAGAAGAGAUACUGCAGAAAUCCGGAGCAACGCACACAAAAUGCUGAAUGAAUUCAGUAGGUCAGGCAGUGUUUAUGAACGGGAAUAAGUAGUCGACAUUUCGGAAUGAGACUGUCUUGGCCUGAAACGCCAGCUGUUUAUUCCUCUACAUAAACACAAGAAAUUCUGCAGAUGCUAGAAAUACAGAGUAGCAGGAAUUCUGAUUAAGCGCCUUGUUCUGAAAUGUUGACUGUUUGUUCCUGUCUGUAGAUGCUGCCUGACUUCCUGAGUUCCUCCAGCAUUUUGUGUGUGUUACACAGACUGUUUAUCAUUUAUGGCUAUCCUGGUGAACUAGCUAUACAUAUGCGUGCAUGUUUGUGGUGUGUGCUUGCGUGUUGGUAAACACGUGUGAAUAGGUGAAUGUCCUUGUAUGUGCCAGUGUACAGUAGCAUGUGUGAGUGAGUGAGUUCUGUCCCGUGUGCAUGUGUGUGAGAGAUGGUUCGUCUAUGUGUUGAUGGGACGGGGUCUGGGUGCUGCUAUGAGUUUAACCCUCAGAGGGGGCAGGCCUUUGGACAGAUUUUAUAGAUGCACGUAAAAAUGAGAUUCACUUGUAAAUUUUAUUUAUUAAAAGCAUCGCACCUCUGGCUGUUGAGUGACAUGACAAUUGUUCUUCAAAGAUUACAGCCAGGUAAGGUGGAGAAAAUGGGGAUGAAUUUAACAAGAAUUAUUAGAAAAUUCUGCAGUGGUAAACAUAACAGCAAGAAAAUGCCCCCUCCCCACCCCGUCAAAGUGUUUUAGGUGAAAGGUUGUACGUUAUCACUCCAAGGAGCAGUUUGGCACAGUCCCUGCUGCCCAGUGGAUCUGUAAUCCUGUCAGAUGAGAGAAAAUCAACAGUUUGAGAGAGACGAGAUUAUAAAGAUGUUGGAAUCUGGAGCAAACACACAAAACGCUGGAGGAACUCAGCAGUUCGGACAGCAUUCAUGGAGGGAAAUAUUCAGUCGGUGUUCCGGGUUGAGUCCCUUCACCUCAACACAGUUCCCACUUUUCCUCCUGUGUCUUGUAUGGUGCUCCACAUUUUUGAGCACGUUGGUUUGAAAUGAGAUACAGAUCCGUGGUGUUGCCUCAUGGUCUGGAAACUCCAGUAGGAAUUAUUUGGCAUGCCAGCAUUGUUCUCACUGUUAAAGGCUAGAAACGGCUGGUCAGGAUUAAGAUGCAGUCAAAGGCCUUGAGAUUAGCUGUACUCAGAUCAUAAUGUGAAACUUCUGUUAAGAGGUUUAAGUCACCAGACUAGAAUCGAAGCUGUUUCCAGUGAGUAUAAUCAGUUGCAAAGUUUACAUUGCACUUUCCAGCAAGCUGAACCUCUGAAGUUAAACCAGCAUAUUUUAACCAAGAGCCAACACUUCCUGUGUUAUCCCCAGCUUUAAGCUGUUUGCUGCUCAUCUUCUGUAGUGCUCAUGACUUGAGUAUGGUGACUUGGGUACUCAGAGCUCUGUGCUCCCUUGCUUGGGGUCUGUGGCAGUGAAGGUGAGGCAGGACCAGGUCUGUCCAUGCUGUUCUCACCUGGCUCUGGCCCAUGCAGUUUCAACUCCACUCACUAGAUGGCAGACACGGGCCUGGUUCCAGAACACAGGAUCUCCUCGCGGCUUGGCCAAACAAACAUACCAGUGCCGAGAUGAGUAAAGGCAGGGAACAAUGGGUGCAGCCUUAAAUGUGAAAUUCAAAGUAAAUUUAUUAUCCAUGUAUAUGUAAGUCACUAUAUAUAGCCCUGAGAUUCAACUUGCAGGCAUGCUCAAUAUAUUAAUCCAGUAACCAUAAUACAACUGAUGCUGCUUUCCUGUGAGUAGACUUGAUGGGCUGAAUGGCCCACUUCUGCUCCUGUGGUCUUAUGGACAACGCUCAGUGUCAGUGUGUUCAAAGGUGGAGAGGGCUGGGCUGGGUCCACUACUCCUUGUAUGAUUUUUCCAUUCAAGGGCAUUGGUGUUUCCAUACCAAUGCCUCCUAAGUCUCAGUAACGAUAAUAGAAGAGCCCGCAAUUAAAAUGACUCUGUACCUCAAUCCCUCUUUUCCCCCACUUCUCUGUGGCCCAAAGGCACUUUGUGCGGACAGCAGUGUGUACUGGUGUGAUUUGGGGGCUCUUGGUGUGGAGAUCACUGCAUGGUCUGGAGUUAGUACCACUGUAAAUGCAGCGUUUUAUAUGGUUCGGUGUAAUUUAUAUUUGUUGAUAUAAUAUAUGGAGACUUUUGGUGAACAUUUGUGAUUGUACAUAUGGAGUAAUGUAAUAUUUCUUUAACUAUUAAUGUCUGAACUUUUAACCCCCUGAAAAACCUAUUGACAUGCUUUGGUUGCAUUUUUCUCACAUUGAAGAAAAAAGGAUUUGCAAAAGCAGAUCUUUUUAAGGUUUCUUUGAAAUGAAAAGGGGUCUCGUAGGCACCCUUGUGUUGAGGUAAGGCCCGCGACCAGUGCAUUAAUAAGACUGUGAGACAUUGGAGCAGAAUUAGGCCAUUGGGGUCAAAUCUGUCAUUUGAUCCUGGCUAAUUUAUUAUCCUUUUCAACCUCAUUCUCCUGCUUUCUCCCCAUAAACGUUGAUGGCCUUACUAAUCAAGAACCACCAACUUUCUCUUUUAAAUGUACCCCAUGACUUGUCCUCCACAGCCAUCUGUGGUACUGCAUUCCACAGACCACCCUCUGGCUAAAGAAAUUCCUCCUCAUGUCUGUUCGUAAUCUGGGGCUGUGCCCUCUGGUUCUCAACUGGCCCACUAUUGGGAACUUCCACUCUAUCUAGGCCUUCCAAUAUUCAAUAAGUUUCAGUGAGAUCCCUCUCUCCCCUCAUUCUCCUAAAGUCCAGCAAGCACAGACCUAGCGCCAUCAGAUCCUCAUACAUUAACCCUUUCAUUCCUACAAUCACUCCCGCGAACUUCCUCUGCACCCUGUCCGAUGCCAGCCUAUCUUAGAUAACGAGCCCAGAACUGCUCACAGUUCUCCGAAUGCGAGCAAUGGUCUCUUUCAGUCACGCACUGUCGGGUGUUCAUGGCAGACCACGUCAAGUUGACGAGCCCUGGUGGAAUCUCCCGUCCUUUCCCUUUUAAGAGGUUGUCUGUGUGCCCACGGCACCCCUUUAAGAGAGUUCAAGAAGAAUGGCACUUUAUUUCAGUUGUGAUGUGAUGAUUUUUAAUGGUGAUUGUAGUUCUGCUUUGAAUUGUUUCUAUUAGUAGGUGGGUACUUGGGUGCCCAGGGAACGUGUGGCAUGGUACUUGAUGUUUCCGUGAACAGA